GUGAAGGUUGUAACAAACAAAUCACCAUGGGAACAGCUGAUGACUUGCAAGCAGCACAAACAGGAACACUUGAAGUUUUUCUGUGAGAAAUGUGAGACUUUGACUUGCCGGGACUGCCAGCUUAUGGACCAUAAAGAACAUAAAUACCAGUUUUUGGACCAGGCAGCAGAACAAUACAAAGCCAGGUUGAAAGGCAGUUUAGCACUCAUGGGAGAGAAGCGGACCAAACUGGCUACAAAUCGAGAUGAAAUCGAACAGAAACUACAUAACUGCAAAGAACAGAAGGAUACACUUCAACAAGACAUACUGAAACAAGCAGACAUUCUGGUCAAAGGUGUUAGACAGGCGGUUUGGGGAGUCCUGUCAAACUUAGCUUCAUUCACUGAUGCUGCAUCCAAGCGCCUGAACAAAGAAAUAGAUGAUGUGUCUGACCUGAUUGGUAAAUUUGAUCACUGCAUCCAGUUCAUGGAGGACAUUCUGAAAGAUGGCUCAAGCAUGUCUUUGCUCUAUUCCAAAGGCAAUGUGGAAACAAAGUGCCGCAAGGUGUACCAUACACAGGUGGACCCUCAGUCACUAAAAGGAACAUUAUCAAUUGUAUACAAGCACGAUGUCAAAUGGCUUCUGGGAAACCUUAAUAAAAUUGGAGCCAUUUAUGUCAAUGGAGUACGAUAUCCUCCUGAAAAAAAUGGAGGUCAGGGUUCACGACAGAGUCCAGCUUGUGGAUAUCAAGACCCCAGGUCUGCUGGUGCAGGGUUUACCGCGACGAGUCCUCAUUUACAGCAUAUGGCUAAUCAGAAUAUUCCUGGUCAUCGAGUUCCAUCUGAUUGGACAAAAUUCAUCCAAACAGUGUCCAAAUCUUCAGGCCAGAAUCAUGGCCCUCCGAAUAUCACUAUGUCUCCUUUAAGCACCACAGCCACUUUACCUCCUCAGCUGACACUGCCAUCUAACAGACGAGCACAGGGAAACAUAAUGGUUCAAAAUUGGCAAGCUCCCUCAGGGAUACCUGUUUCCACUUACCCUGGACAUUUCGUAGCAAGCCAGCUGAUGACUGCACAACAGCAGCAAGCGCCAAAACCAUCGUUCACGCCCAUGAGGCUGCACCAUAGACCUGCAGCACAGAAUGCAUUUCCUGGACAAUCAGACCACAGAUCACAAAGUAUACACAGUCCACCUCACUAUCGAAUGGGAGGAGAAGCAAGUGGAACUCCUCGCUCUUCACACAGUACUCCAGAUCCUGCCCGCCCAGCAAGUGCCGGGAUGUAUGAUGGAAAUGGGCGCCACGACAAUGAAGGUGGCUCUGCAAUGAUGGAUAUUAAAAAAGAGAAAGGUGGGAUUUCCCCCAACUGUGUCGUCAUGUCUGCAGGCUUACAGUCAGGCAGAACGUCUAUAUUCCCAUCUCCUCAGAAACCAUCUGAAACUGUUUUGGAAAUGCAGCGAAAUCUUGAUGAAGUUCUUCGGGCUGUUCCUAUGGACCUUAGCGACAACAUGGAGCAGAUAACAGGAUCCAAACUCAGGACUGGCAUGGAUUUGGAACACCUGAGAUCCCCAACACUUCCAGCAGGGUCCUUGAAUGAUCAUGAUACACUUUGUGAAGAGCCACAGUCUCCAUCAGAUGAAGAGCUGAGAGAGAACUGGCAGGGAGGUAACAGCAUGCCAGGGUUUUCCUUGUCUCAAGUGGACAUCCAGGGAGAUCAUAACGAUGACUACUGUGCCUGUUGCCACAAUGGUGGUGAUGUCUUGUGCUGUGACCAGUGCCCGAAGGUUUUCCACUUACAGUGUCACAUACCGGAGUUAACCGCAGUGCCAAGUGGCUCUUUUGUGUGUACAGUAUGUGAAGGUGACUGUCCGGUGAGCAGUGAAGAAAUAGUCAACUCUGAAAAGCAAAAUUCAGCACGAGGGAUGUCAGACCAUGAGCACAAAGUUUGUGACAGGAUAUUGCUGGAGCUGUUUUGUCACCCAUCAAGUCUUCCAUUUCAAGAGCCAGUGAAUAGAGAGCAAGUUCCAAACUACUACAGAAUCAUCACACAGCCAAUGGAUUUCACACAGAUCAAACAUAAACUUCAACACAGCCACCCCAACCAUUAUAAGAGCAUCAGAAGUUUCCUGUAUGAUUUAAGACAGGUCUUUGUCAACUGUGCUAUCUACAACAAGACUGGAUCAGAGGUCGGCAAGGCAGGAAAAAUUGUGCGUGCCAUGUUUGAGUCUCUUGUGGAGCGACUGAUACCACAGUAUCUGAGUUUUACCAAGGAAAACCCUACACCCUGCUUCAGUGCUUUACAGCAGCUGCAGUUAGACUCAGAUAGUUCAUGUGGGGACAAAAACAGUUUCGGGGAGAGCUCACCCAAACGUAUGAAGAUUGAGGAGGAUAAGCAAGCUCAUAGGGCAAUGUAUGAAUAG